AUGGGACAAUUAUCAUCUGCGACAAUUUCGCUAAUCUUUUAUAUCACCACGAUAGAAUCAUUUGUAUCCGGACAUGGCUGUGGACAAGGUCCUCCGGCACCAUGUGGUGCUCCACCACCACCACCACCGCCACCGCCACCACCACCACCACCGCCACCACCACCUCAACCACCUUGUUCAUGUCCUCAACUUUGUCUACCAUGCCCACCACCACUGCCUCCACUUCCGCCACUUCCUUCUUUACCCUGCCCUUGUUUACCUUGUCCUUGUAUGCCUAUGCUAUUGAAUUCUUGUUGUAAUACUUGCCAAAGACCAUGCAGUUUUCGCUCUCGAAGACGGCGUUCAUUAAAUGCUCGCGCACUUGCAAGAGGCAUGCAAAUCUUAAAUGAUGAUCCUGUUUGCAAUAAUGCUGAAUUACAAAGUACCAUUAAACAGAAUUUGGUAGAUGAUAUUUGGUUGACUAAAGAAAUGAUUCAAAAAGCUGUCACAGAAAAAUAUCCUUCUAAUCGAUAUAGUAUUAUUUGUAGUACUGGUGAUUUAACUUAUACUGCUCGAACAAAUGAUUUUUGUUUAGUUCAACAAAAUAAUAUAUCCUGUUAUGUUUUCAGGCCUUUAUAA